AUGGAGAAGCUGACAUGCUAUGCCUUGUCGGUUCCAGAAGAGCUUGACUCUAUUGGCGCUUACCUGUCUAAGAGAAUGUCAAAGGAUGUGGCUCGACAAAGAUACAGGUAUGUGUGCAUAGCAAUGGAAGCGCUGGACCAGCUGCUGAUGGCCUGUCGCUCUCAGAGCAUCAACCUGUUUGUGGAGAGUUUCCUGAAGAUGGUGCGUGAGGUGCUAGAGUCGGACAAACCUAGCCUACAGAUCCUAGGAACCAAUUUGUUUGUGAAGUUUGCCAACAUACAAGAGGACAACCCCUCCUACCACCGCUGUUACCAUUUUUUUGUGUCACGUUUCAGUGACAUGUGCCACUCUAGAGACGAGGACCCCGAUAUCGGCUUCAAGAUUUGCAUGGCAGGUAUCAAGGUGAGGAUGAUGGUGAAUGACGACCUACAGGCCAAUAUCUGGGACCCUGAGCUCAUGGACAAGAUUGUCCCCUCUCUACUUUUCAACCUGCAGAGUGGAGAAUGCACACAGAACCACUCCUCUUCGCUGCUGCAGAUGUCAGAGAAAGAAAAGAGGCUGGUGGAGUUGACAGAGUGCUGCUUUAGGGAGCUUCUGAGACAAGCUGCCUAUGGCAAAACACUUAUUAGUCUCAUGGAUUGGCAUGACAACAGGUCCAAGCUCCUCAGCAUGAGCAGCACCCUGGACAUAUCUGUGCUCAAGAUCAAAGUGGUCAAGUGUUCCAGACAAGAUAACUUAUUCAUGAAAGGUCACGGCCAGCAGCUUUACCAACACAUCUACUUGGCGUGCAAGGAGCAGAGCAAUGGUAGGCAGCAUUACGAGAACCUUUUUGCUUUGUUUGCCAUUUUGAGUGUGGAGCUGGCAAAUCCAGAGGUGGUUCUGGACCUCGUUCGCCUGACAGUUGCAUUGCAGGACCUGGCACUGUCAACUGACGAGGAUCUGCCUAUUUACAAUCGCUGUGCUAUUCAUUCCCUGACUGCCGCUUACUUCAACCUUAUUUGCCAGCUCACCACUAUUCCAGCCUUUUGCAAGUAUAUACACAAGGUUAUUAAGGUCAGACAGGUAAAUAGCCCUCACCUUUUACCCGAGGGUGUCUUCACGGACAACCCCAAGCUGCCUGCCUCACUGGAGAAUGUGGAAGGGGAUGUUUUAUUUCUCCAGUCAAAAAUUUCUGAAGUCCUUGGGGGUGGUGGUUAUAACACAUAG